AAUCAUCCCAUUCCAUUCGGGAUCAAGCAGCCAUCCGUUUUCCCCAUUCCAUCGCCGCCGCCGCCGCCGCAGCAUCCUCGCGCCUCCGUCCGCGCCCGCCGAAUCUCCCCGGCCUCUCCGCCGCCGCGCCAUGCUCCGCCUCCGGUGCUCCAUCCUCACCCACCUCCUCUCUUUCCGGGCCACCUCUCCCGUAUCCCCUCUCCACCGCCUCCUCUCCGCGGCCGUCUCCCCCGACCCUGUCUCCGCCUUCGCCGUCGACGACUACCUCGUCCGUACCUGCGGCCUCACCCCAGCACAGGCCCUCAAGGCCUCCCCCAAACUCUCCCACCUCAAAUCCCCCGCCAACCCCGACGCCGUGCUCGCCUUCCUCGCCGGCCUCGGCCUCUCCGGCGCCGACGUCGCCGCCGCCGUAGCCAGGGACCCGCAUCUGCUCUGCGCCCAAGUGGAGAAGACCCUGGCCCCCGUCGUCGCCGGGCUCACCGGCCUCGGUCUCUCGCCUUCUGAGAUCGCACACCUCGUCUCGCUUGGCCCCCACAGAUUCCGUCGCAGAUCCAUCGUCUCCAAGCUUGAGUACUGCCUGACCCUCUUCGGCUCCUCCGACAACCUCUUUAGAGCCCUCAAGAGUGGCUCCGUUCUCUCCUCCGACCUCGAGGGGGUGGUCAAGCCCAAUGUCACCUUCCUGCAGGAGUGCGGGCUAGGUGCUUGUGACAUUGCCAAGCUCUACGUACUUAUGCCAUCGUCGCUCAGCAUCAGCACGGAACACAUCCGGACAGCAGUGGCGUGCGUCGAAGGUCUUGGUGUACCCCGUGGAUCUCGGAUGUUCAAGCACGCGCUACGAGCUGUUGCAUUCCUCAGCGAGGAGGAAAUCACCACCAAGAUAGAGCACUUGAAGAAAACGUUCAGGUGGUCAGAUGCCGAGGUGGGCAUUGCUGUUUCUAAGGCUCCAGGAGUGCUGUCGAAGUCUAAAGAAUCGCUGGAGCGAAGGUUCGAGUUCCUCAUCUCCGAGGUGGGGUUGGAACCGGCAUACAUUGCUUAUCGUCCAGCAAUGCUCAUGUACAGCUUGGAGGGCAGGAUGAGACCUCGAUACUACGCUGUAAAGUUUCUUAAGGAAAAUGGAUUGAUAGAUCAUGACCGGGACUUCUUUAAUACAGUCAUGGUCAGUGAGAAGGUAUUCGUCGAGAAGUUCAUAUGCCCUCAUAAGGAUGCUGCACCUCACCUCGCUGAUGACUAUGGAGCAGCUUGCAGAGGAGAGGUUCCAGCUAGAUUCAGUUUCACAUGAACCAAGACUAAUAAGGAAAUUGGAAACGUGACAAAACGUGGGAGCUAUGUCUUUGCUGUAUUAUACUUGAUUCUGAAGGCCCUGUUUGGUGAUGAUGCCUUGCCGCUUCAUUGACAAGAAUGGACUGACGGUGGCACAAGUUCUAUUCAGGGAAGCUUCUACUUCUCUUUUUUGAAUUUUGCAAGUUAAGUAAUCCUUCUAGUAUUGUACUAGUCCCUCCGUCCGAAAACACUUAUCAAAAUGAAUAAAAAGGGAUGUAUCUAGAACUAAUAUACAUCUAGAUACAUCCCCUUCUAUUCAUUUUGAUUACAAGUAUUUCCGGACGGAGGGAGUACUAUUGAUGUGAAUAAACUAGCAUCUGGUACAUUAAUCAUUUUUUUCAUUUUGUUGGAUCUUCACUUGGGUACAAGCAGUUUUAGAGUCACACAUGCAUGUAAACAGUACGCAUUAUGCAAUUUUUGUACUCUGAGCUCUGAAUUUGAAUCAGAUCUGAAUGUUAACUCUGAAUCUUUAAGACUCCAUGCGUGAACUCUGAAACUUAUUAUACCCAAUUCGAGUGUGAAGCAUAGUGAGCAUUUAGACAUCUUUCAGGAGCCAAGUUAACUCGAAUCAGAGCAGUAAGUUAACAGCAAUGAUGCCAGAAGCUAGCAGGCUAAACUUUUAUGUACGAUUCACUUCAACCUCUUCUCCAGAGCCACAACUAUUAUACUCUGAAGAAGAGUAUUAACAUUUUGCAUUAUCACAGCAGCAUCGGUAUGACAAGAAUGUUUUCAGAACAUUGGGACUGGGCUUAACUAGUUAUGAUGAGAAAUCACUUUCUUAUCUUAAAUACAUUAGUGAUUAGAGGAUUUUGAGCAAAAAGUUCUCCUGUCCUUUUCAUAAAUGUCCAAUUCAGUAUAUUUAAAUAGGCAUAUUUUCAUAAAGGUUCACCAAUAGCGAAAUGUCAUUUUUAUAGUGUCACUGUCAGCGGAUAAAACUGUUUUGCCUUGAAGUGUAGAGCGUGCGUUUAGUAUCUAAAAAGUGUAUUGUAGGCAUGUGAUGAAAUUCAAGUGCAAAUGCUAGCUGAUUUGUAUCAUUCUUAUAUCUGGAAUCUAUUUCUCCAACAUUUAUACGUGCUCAUUUACAGUAGAUAAAUAAACUUGACUAGUGAACUUACUACAUGAAGGCAAUGAGCUGACAGUUGCUGACUCCUGAAUCAAAGUGCUCUUCCAUUCAUUUGGUGUGAAGUGUUCCAGUCUUGUAUCUCUUGCGUGCCGAAUCUCUACUACGUAUCGGCUAGUUCAUCUCCGGUUAAUCUUCUUUUACUCAUGUAGAGUAAGUAUGUUACAAUGAAAACCUGAAAAAUACAUGUAAUGAAUAGUUUUGCUUUUGGAAUUGCAGAAUAGGCUUAAUAAUUGCAAAAUUCUGGAACCAUGGCAAUUCAGGUUACUCUGAAUCUUCUUCCCUGACUUACACCCAAGUGAACAAACUACCUAUAGUUAGUGAAAGAUUUUUUUUUUCUGAAUGUAUCGUGCCUUAAUUGGUGAAGUCUGAUUUUUUUUAUUUUCUCCUGUAAUGGCAGCUGCAAUUUGGCAAGCAAAAUUCAUCAGCAAUGAUGUACUCUAGAAAUAUGGGCAACGUUAUUUACCAACUG